GAGCUCUAUGGUGGAUGACGUGCCCGGCACAAAUAUGGCCGCCCGACAGUUCAGUUGUGCUAAGAGGUGAAAGGUGAAAGGUGAUAACGGCGGGGGCUUGGUUCCAGGAAGAUGGCAGAGAGCGAGCGGCAGACAGGCUCUCCUGAGGAGGCAACACCUCCCCUCUGCCAGAGUUUCAUGAUCCCCAAAAAGGAAAUACAUAUGGUACCCGACAUGGCCAAGUGGAAACGCUCUCAGGCAUAUGCAGACUACAUAGGCUUCAUCCUCACCCUGAAUGAAGGUGUCAAGGGCAAGAAGCUGACCUGUGAAUACAAAGUAUCUGAGCCAAUUGAAAAGCUGAUGGAGCUCCUGGAUACCCUCGACAGGUGGAUUGAUGAGACCCCGCCAGUGAACCAGCCCUCUCGCUUUGGGAAUAAGGCCUUCAGGACUUGGUACGCCAAACUAGACCAGGAAGCAGAAAACUUGGUUAAAACAGUGGUCCCUGAGUAUCUGGCUGAAGCUGCACCAGAGGUAGCCUUAUACCUGAAGGAAUCCGUGGGGAACUCCACCCGCAUCGACUAUGGGACAGGUCACGAAGCGGCAUUCGCUGCCUUCCUCUGUUGCCUGUGUAAAAUUGGUGUUCUCAGGGUGGAUGACCAGCUGGCCAUUGUCUUCAAAGUGUUUAACCGGUACCUGGAGGUGAUGCGGAAACUCCAGAAAACUUACAGGAUGGAACCAGCUGGUAGCCAGGGAGUUUGGGGCCUGGAUGACUUCCAGUUUCUGCCCUUCAUAUGGGGCAGUUCCCAACUGAUAGAACACCCAAACCUGGAACCUCGGCACUUUGUUGACGAGAAGGUGGUGAAUGAAAACCAUAAGGACUACAUGUUCCUGGAGUGCAUCCUGUUCAUUACAGAGAUGAAGACUGGCCCUUUCGCUGAACACUCCAACCAGCUGUGGAACAUCAGCGCUGUACCUUCCUGGUCCAAAGUGAACCAGGGUCUCAUCCGCAUGUACAAGGCAGAGUGCCUGGAGAAGUUUCCUGUGAUCCAGCACUUUAAGUUUGGCAGCCUGCUUCCUAUCCAGCCUGUCACAUCUUAGAGACCAUGGGAGGAGUCGAUGCAGUGGAGACGACAGUGCGGCGCUCUUCCUCCUCUCCUCCUCCCUUCCUCCUCCUCACCUCUCCAGCCCCACAGCCCAUUCAUCCCUUUGUAUUUACAACUAGAGAAAGUUACAAAGCACUUAGCGACCUUGCAUGAACGAAGUGACCAAGAGCAGCUGCUCAUGCAAGUGCUCCCCACACUGACUAGAAAGGGACAAAACCAGGGCUGGGCUUCUAGCCUCCACUGCGUUCAGUCUUACGCUGUUCGUGGCUCGAAGGGCUGCCGUAUACUGAGCUGGGCGUGAGGGUGGCUUGAAUGGGGUUUGGGUAGGGGAAUCGUUUAGUAUGGCUUUACAAGAAGACCUCUGCUUUUUAUCCCCUGGAGGUAGGGGGUUGGGAAGGGGAGGAAGAUAUGUAGUGGGGGUGGGGUGGUUACAGUUUCACUGGAAUCUUUUGCUGUCUUGUUUGAGGAACCCAAGGUGUGUAGACCAGGCCUUCGAUUCCAUUUAAAAAAAAGCCAUUUCUUGCUGUUAUGGCUGUGAAGAAAACCUUAAAAAGAGGUCCUGGAGUGUGAAUGUGCCUGGUGUCAGGAGGCCCCCAGUGUCUCUGCUGCUGCCUUUGCUUGCAAAGGGUGUUCUGCAAGGGGUAGGAGAAGUGGUCGGAAAUCCCUGUGGGUCACAUGAAGCCAGGGUGCUCUCUCUCUCCCCUAGCCUGCGUAAGAAAAUUUUGUCUUUUUCUCCUCCAACUUCUAUCCCUGGCAAACUUCCUUGAGUCUUCCUUUCACACCACCGUGUCCUCUCCAGGGUACCAGCUGGGAGCCCCACUCCUGCCAGCCUAGGUCCUAGAAUGCUGAGCUGGAGAUGGGCUCGGGGGAAGGCUUUGGACAUCAGCUGGUUGCAUUUAAGUAGGAAUGGCUCUACCAAGACACUGUUCUAGCAGAGCCUGAGCCAGUUACUUCCUCCCCUCAGUAGCUAACUCCACAUCAGGUACACGUGCCCUCUCCAUCAGUACUCUGGGCUCAGCUGAGGCUGGGCACGGCCCCCUUCUCUACACCCACCUUUUCCUGGGCAGUGUUUAGCAGCCACUAGAAUGGGGGCAGCCUUAAUGUCCUCAGUGUAAUUUAUCAUGGCUGCUUUUGCUUGAUUAUAAGUUGUAGUGACAGCCCUAUAAUAAGGGAUUUUUCCCAUUCAGUAGCACAUCCCCACACACUGUAGAUGUUACUGUAGGGAAUGCAGCAUAGGGCAGGUAUAUUGGCUUUGAAUCUAUUAUUUAACUGCUGGAAACAAAAUGUGUGUCAAUGUCCUGGGGCAGCCUUUUGCAUUCUUAAAAAAAAGUCUUUCACCUCCCUCAUUCCCUGCAACAGCUGCCACCCUACUGGGGCAAACUGUACAAUUAUUUUUACCAAAACCCCGUUAAAGCACCAGACAUGCUCUGUGUUUCCCAAGAUGGGCAGGUUGUUUAGAAGGCUUACUCAGCGUACUUAAUUAAUACAGUGGUUCUAGACUCUCACUUCCAGUGGCUUAGACUUAGGGGCACCUCUGAUUAAAUGAGGGGCUUAGACGUGCCUUUGGUAAUUAGCAGUACUAGAAAAGGAAUGGCAGAAAACGGAGGAGGGUAAAUCUUACAUGUUCGCUUGGGUCUGACAACGAUUCUUUUUAAGUUCCUAGCUCGAGAGGGCAAGAUUACUCCCGGGGUAUUAAUAAACAUCGGCUUGGACUGUGGCAGGGGUUAGCACCAACUGUGUGUAGCAGGGCUAGCAGGGGCACUUUUUUGUUUGGCUUUCUUAGCGAGUGCAAUACCAGUUUUUCUCCCGCUGCUGUCAUCUGCAGCCAGCCUGCCUAACCUUUUCCAUCUGAGCCCCUUGAUUGCUAUUAAAUUAUUGGAAAAAGUUUAUUUUGCUCAUGGAAUUGGGUUUUUCACAAUUUUCUCUUUGGCUGCAUCCCCUGGAAGGAGCCUCUUCCUUCUCUAAAGCUUGUGACCUGCUGCUGGGGGAAGAAGGGAUGAGAAAUGCAUUUAAAUUCAGGUGCAGUAUCUGUUUCUUGGGCUAAAAAGGCAAACCCUGGCCAAGCUGCAGCUGUCCUCUCUAUCCCAGUGCUUGGGCCUGAGGUAGUGCAGCGUGGGACAAUUGCAGAUGAACUGAAUCUGCUGGUUUUGUUUUUUUACGUAGUGGCUUUAUCAACUUACAUUUUAAAUAAAAUGUGAAAAAUCCAUCCCUGUUUUACUCCUAAAUCAUUAACAGGUUAUCUCUGUGGAGUUAAAUUACAAAUAAAUCCACUGGAAAAGUGACUUAGGAAGACUUUAACCUGUCAGGACCCCUGAGCAUUCUAUAUUCUGGUGCUGUAGUUAAAAGGAUGCAGUUCAGGGACCAGAGCACAGUGUUCUAGACCGAGGAGGCCUGGUUCUCAUCUUGCCCUUACUGCCUCAUUGCAUGACCAUCGGCAAGUUCUACCGUGCAGUAAAACAGGUCUAAUAAUAGCUGCCUGGCAGACUGGGCAUGACUUAGGCUGAGAUUGUCAAAGUUGUCUAGGAGAUUUGGACACCACAUUCCCUUUCAUUUUAAUGGGAAUUAGGCUUCCCAUUCAAGCUAAAUGAAAGCCGAGACCUCAAUGUCUGCAGAGCUGUCUCCGAUCCUUGGUGAAAGAUGCAACAAAAGUGCAAAAUAGAGCACCAAAAGGGUACAUUCCUUACAUUGCAUUAGGUUUUAGUGAUGCCACCAACCUUUACUGGGGCCAUCCGUAUAACUCUGGAUGGGGGACAUAAGGAGGAGCUAGUAUGGAAUUAUUUAUUUAUGGACCAUCUAAGUCUGCACCCUCAUUCUGUUAAGGAUUUGGAAUCUUAAGCAGCUAGUGUUUGUGUGAAUCCUAUUGGUUCACCUGUAACUUGCCCUCAAUAAUCUGGCAAUAGGCUGCUUCCAUUCCUUGGUCAUUACUGUGAUCCCCGUCAGAUCUCAACUGACGGCCUGUUUGGGUUUUGUCCCUUUCCCUGAGUGGUUCCACGUGCAUGCAUCACACUACCUGAAGCACCACCUGGCUUCCCCCAGGUCUGCAAAAGCAAUACCUGAGCAUCCCACCUCCCCAUGUUCUCCGAUAUUGUGGUUUUAAUUAAAAAUCUGUGUGUUUUGCACCUGG